AUGGUCAAAAUUCUAAUAGUCAAACCAUCACCCAAUUCAAUCAAACCAUUCUUUUCAAAACUAACCAACAUAAACAAAAAGAACGGACCAUUUGAUUUAAUCAUAUGUAUUUCUGAUUUAUUUAAAAAUCAUAAACAGGAUGAAGAUGAUCAGAUAGAUGAUUUAAUUCAAAAUAAAAUAUCGAUUCCUACUAGAACUUUUUUUAUGAUCGGUCAAUACGUUUUACCUAAGAAAAUUCAAGCAAUACUUGAUUCUAAUCAACAUGGUGAGAUUUGUAAGAAUCUUGAAUAUUUAGAUCCAUUUAGUAUUACUACAUUAAAAACUUUAGGUGAUUUAAGAAUUGCUACUUUUAGUGGAGUGUUUGAUCAUAAAUAUUUUAAUACACCAAAUGAACCUAUCGAAUCAUCAAUGAGCGAAACAGAUACCAUACCAUACCACAUCAAAUCCGUCAACCUAUCCACAUUCCUAACCAAACUGAAAUCCCAAAGCCAACCCAUCGAUUUACUCUUAACUCAUUCAUUACCUCAUUCAUUAACAUCACAUUCUAAAAGAUUACCAAAAGAUCUUAAUCCAUCCAAUUGGGGUUGUUCACCUAUUACAGAUCUUUUGAAACAGUCUAAACCUAGGUAUCAUUUCUCGGGUGGAAGUCUUGGUGAGUUUUGGGAAAGAGAACCUUGGGUUUGGGAUUCGGAUUCGGGUUCGGAUUCGGUUCAGGUAACCCGGUUUGUAAAUUUAGGAGAAUUUGGAAACAAAGAAAAAGAAAGAUGGUUUUAUGCAUUUAAUUUGACUCCAAGUCAUGAAACUGUAAUCACCAAACCAACAGAUUCGACUCUUUCUCCUUAUACACCAUUAAGUCAACCUCUUCAUCAAAAACGUCAUAUAGAAGAUGAUGAAUUCGAUUCUGGACCCAACUUUAGGUUUUCAGAAACCGAUCUUACAAAACGUGCCAAAACAAGUCUUCCACCUCAAAAUUAUGUUUGUAAAAUAUGUGAAAAACCGGGACAUUGGAUUCAAGAAUGUCCAUCCAAACUUGAUCCAUCUAAAAAUCUACAAGAUGGUUAUGUUUGUAGGAUAUGUAAUGUACCGGGUCAUCGAAUUCAACAAUGUCCAAUGAAAGAAACUCGAGUACAUCAAUCAUCAAAUCAAAGGUUUAAUGAACCCAAAGAAAUCGGACCAUCAACUUGUUGGUUUUGUUUAUCUAAUCCACAAGUCACUAAACAUUUAAUUGUUUCGAUCGGUUCAGAAACAUAUGUUUCUUUACCUAAAGGACAAUUACCUGAUACUAAAUCAGGUUGUCCAGUUCCAGGUGGAGGUCAUGUUUUAAUCAUACCUAUUGCACAUUAUCCAAGCCUAUUAGGUUUACCAAAAGAACUAUCGAUUCCAAUCCAACAAGAAAUCCAAACCUAUCAAAACUCCUUAUGCGCAUUAUAUUCUAAAUAUAAUGCAAGUAUGGUCAGUUUUGAAGUCGUUAAACUUACCGGUACAGGUGCAAGACAAGGUCAUGGUCAUCUUCAAGUUUGUCCGAUCCCGAAUGAAUUGGUUGAGAAGAUUGAAUCAAGUUUUAUUGAUGAAGCUAGUAAAGUUGGGAUCGAGUUUGAAGAUCAAAAAGAAGUACAAGAAGAAGGAGCCAUGGAUGGAAUGAGUUAUUUUAGGGUCGGAUUACCUACUGGGAAAAAGAUUAUCAGUUUUAUUAAACCUAAUCAAAGGUUGAAUAUGCAAUUCGGAAGGAUCGUUUUGGCCAAAGUUUUAGAUCAGAUGGAUAGAUCAGAUUGGAAAAAUUGUGUUUUGAAUGAAGAAGAUGAACGAUUAGAGUGUGAUGAAUUGAAAAAAGUGUUUAAAAGUUUUGAACCUAAAUUUGAUUAAUUAAUGUGAUUUCAUAACAACAAAAGAGUUUAAAGUGGUUUUUCUUCAUGAAUGAAGAUUUGUAUGUAUGUGUAUGUAUUUAGACUUUCCC